GAGACGAAAAAAGCCAGCUGUGAGAGAGGAAAAAAAAAAUAAAAAAUCAAGGGGACAAAAAAGCCUAUCUUGUUUGGUGACGACGAGUCUCGAACUGGAACAGAGCGCAGUGAAACAAAACAACAACAACGUUUGAGUUCAGUUUGAGUUUCCACUUUCCAGUAUUAUCAGAAAAGAAGAACAUGUUGGCGACCACAAUCUCAAUCCUAACACCUUCUUCCAACCUCAACCCAUCUCAUUUCCUGCCUCCAACAACAACCAGACUCACACUCCCAUCCUCUUCUUCAAAAUCACACUCCAAACUCCCUCUUUUCGCCAGACUCAGUCACAGUCAUAGUAUCAAUAGCAACGGUGGUGGUCCUGAUCGUGCCGUCGGUCCCGCCUCACCCGAAAUUGAAGUAGAAAGUGAAACAACUUCUGACUCUGGAGAUAGCUAUGUUGCCUUGUUUGUUCGUAUGUUAGGCCUAGAUCACGGUCCACCUGAUAGAGAACAAGCUAUAGUUACUCUUUGGCAAUAUUCACAUGGUGGAAAGAAGCGUAUUGACAAUAUAAUGCAAUAUCCUGGUUGUAUUAAUCUUGUUGUGAACCUCCUUAGAUCGGAGUCUAGUUUGUCAUGCGAGGCAGCUGCAGGCCUUCUGCGUUCGGUAUCUUCAAUAGACAUAUAUAGAGAUUCUGUAGCAGAUAGUGGAGCUAUAGAAGAGAUAAAUAGAUUGCUGAUACAAUCUGACUUGCCUCUUGAGGUAAUAUUGCAGAGUCUGAAUGUACUGUGGAAUUUAUCUUUCGAUGAGAAGGCCCGUGUUAAACUUGCAAAGAGUGAUAUUCAUUUGUUAGCUAUUAAGUACCUUGAUGAUGAGGAUAAGAUAGUGAAAGAAGCUGCAGCGGGUGUUUUGGCGAAUUUAGCAUUGAGCCAAGUUAACCACGACAUCAUGGUUGAAGCAGGUGUUAUUCCAAAACUGGCAAAGUUCUUAACGUGUGACUCAGAAGGAUCUCAAGUCACCAGAAAGGAAGCAAGGAAUGCAUUACUGGAACUUGCGAAGGACGAUUAUUACAGAAUUCUUGUUAUUGAGGAAGGUUUAGUUCCUGUGCCAUUAAUAGGUGCUGCAGCCUAUAAGUCAUACAUCCCAGAUAAACUUGAGCCGAUGGCAUUUCCAGAUGGUACAGAAAUUGAAAAGACUUGUAACAGACCUUCUGAAUAUGGCGCAUCAGAUUUUUUUGUUGGAUUAAAUGUUGAUAAUAAUGCCGACAUAGAUGAAGCAAAAGUCAACGCAAUUAUCGGUAAGACACAACAGCAAUUCCUUGUUCGCGCCGGUGCUAUAGAAAGGGGAGAAACAGAACCUCGUGCUGAAGGUUCAGAUGAUCAACACCGUCUUACACUUUUACAUUGGAUCGAUGGUGUUGCUCGUUUAGUACUGAUACUAGAACUACAAGAUAUGCCAGCAAUAAUAAGAGCUGCAGAGUCAAUUGCUAGUGCAUGUAUCAACGAACAUAUGCGUAUUGCAUUUAAGGAGGCUGGUGCAGUUAAGCAUUUACUACGGCUUUUGUCUUGCGAUGAUAAUGCAGUCCAGCUGGCAGCAACUCAAGCUUUGGAAAAGCUGUCUGUUAGCAAUGUUAUUUGUCGUGUAAUUGAAGCUGAGGGUGGUUUAGGUCCUUUAGUUAGUAUUUUAAAAUCCUCAGAUGUAUCCGGAGCUAUUGUGGGAAAGUCUUUGAACGUAAUUGCUCAGAUAUUAGACCCUAAUAAAGAGAUGCAAUUGAAGUUUUAUGAUGGACCAGUUACUGGAUCUGAAACGGCAUUUGGUGGAGACAACAAUGAUGGUUCAACAGGAUUAAGUAGCACUGACCAAGCCGUAUCGAAAACAAAGCCAAGGAACGAUAUACUGGACUCGGUUUUCACUGGACGCCUUGUUGAGCUUUUAAAGUGCUUUUCACCCAAUUUACAAGAAAAGGCUGCAUCUGUUCUGGAGUUUGUGGCAUUGGCGGACCCAACACUGACUCCAAUUAUAUCUGUGGAUAUUGAAAAUGGUCUCAAUUCUGCUUUUCAGCAAAAUUUCUUGAAAAUUUCAGCAGACACAGAAUAUGAUGUGGAGGAUCAGUUUUCAGCGGCAUAUGCUAUUAAACUUGAAGAAGCUGGUCUUGCAAUAUCUGCAGCAUCCCGGUUAUUGACAAGACUACUUGACUCUAAGCAGUUUUGCGACAAAUUAAAUUUCUCCCGUUUCAUUGACACCCUCCGCGAAAUCCUCAAGUCCAAUAUUCCCCUACACAGCAAAGAUUGGGUAGCUGCUUGUCUAGUUAAACUAAGUUCUCUCUCUGGUUACGACACAAAUUCUAAUCCAAUUAACGUGGAAGUUACACUCUAUGAGAAAAUUCCAAGACUUGUAGAACAGAUUAAAACUUCAUUCUCCUUAGAAGCACAGGAAAAUGCUGUUGUAGAACUUAAUAGAAUAGUGUCUGAAGGGGUGGUAGAUUCCACCGGAGCUAUUAUUUCUGAAGGGGCGGUGUAUCCUUUGGUGAAACUGAUUGAAGAAGGUAGUGAAAGAGGUGUUGAAGCAAGCUUGACAAUACUGUAUAAUCUGAGUAUGGACAGUGAGAAUCAUGCAGCACUUGUAGCUGCUGGAGCAGUUCCAGCCUUAAGAAGAAUUGUUCUGUCAGAAAAACCACAGUGGCAAAAGGCACUUCAUUUGCUCCGGAGUUUGCAAACAUGAUGAGUAUAGGGACAGAAAUCUUUAAACAAUUCUUAUGUUGUAGUACUUUAUUAUAUGUUUAGAAGAAAAUGUUUAGUCCUUAUCAUGUAAAACAUAUUUUGGUUCUAGUUAUGUAUUCUUGGCUUUGUAUCUUAGAUUUUGACCAUUUGAGGGCAAAGUCUACUUGGGGUUAUGAUGACAGAUAUACAAUAUGAACUUGAAUAUAUUACUCUUUUUUGACA